AUGGGUCAAGCUCAGAGUAACGACGACUCUUCGUCAUCCGAAAUCCCAACGACUUCUCCUUCUACAAAUUCGCCGCGGGAUUCUGAUGGCGAUGAUACUUCGUCAUCUCCGAUGGGUUCUCUCCUUGCAGAAGCUGCAGCAUACGGUGAGGACGACAAUGAGAACGAGUCGCUCGAAGCAAAGGCACAGAAAGCUCUCGACUGUCCUUGCAUAGCAGAUCUUCGUAACGGAUCUUGCGGGUCUCAGUUCUCCGAGGCAUUCCUUUGCUUUCUCAAGAGCACUGCAGAAGAAAAGGGAUCAGACUGUGUGAAUCCAUUUGUGGCACUGCAAAGCUGUAUCAAAGCCAACCCAGAUGCAUUCUCUAAAGAGGUUCUAGAGGACAAAGAAGAGACCGAGACCGAGAAGAAAGAAGAGCAGCAGCCUGUGCAAGACCAUAGAAUCAUCCCUCCUCUCUGGGCCAAGGACCCGCCUCGCAGUGGCAAAUCCAAGCUUUAG